GCGACCUACUUGCGCAUGAAGUGGUAGCAAGAGAGUCUUUUGUGACGCCGCUUCAUGGAGACCCUCAGCGAGUCCAGCACUGGUGAACCCUUCUACCAAGCCAACAAAGAGGCACACAGGUUCUACUUACGGAAGCUGGAUCAAGAGUGUAACAAGAAGCUGGGUGGCCGCUUUGCAAGCUUCUUCGAUGCACCAGCUCGGUCACCGCGUUUUACGUAUCUCUCGCCUCGUGACAAGAGUUUGCAGUCUCCGCGCUUUCCCGGCGCAUUGCAUGCGCUCUACCGGCAACCGGAGGCGCAGGCAGUGAUUGCCAAUGCUUGGUGCAAAAGUCUGCCAAGCAACGAGCGGAAUCUGCGUCGCUUGCUGUCUGAGCGAUUGCCACUCCCAGACCCGCCUUCGGCUCAGAGCACUCCACGAGAGCCGCCGGACAGGCUCAUUGAGAUGCGGGAGGAACAGGCCCAACGCCUGGAGCGGCUUCUUCGGAAGGUCCGCCCCGGCAAGGGCCCCGAUGCCCCGUUGAUCCGCGCAGCCGAACUCCGGCUGAAGAGGCUCCAGGAGCCGCUGCCUGUGCAGGUGCCAACCAAGCGAAGCAGUGCUGGUUAACCCGUUAGUUUGUUCGCUCCAUCACCCCAAAUCGAACGAAAAACACUAGAAAUCCUUUACUCUUUUCAUUCCUCUUGACAGAGGAAUGCCUCCAGUCCUUCAUCUCUCCCACCUCGUGUUCUCAGCCCACGCGGUGAUGUUUUGUUCAUUAAGGAGCAGCUGGAGCCAGAGGUCAAACUUGAGGCAAGAGAGCACUUUCUCGAAACUCUCUUACAGUGCAAUCUCCUGUAGGCAGGUCACAGUGAUAAUUUAGGAUGGGUGCCAAACCCGUUCUUUUUUUAAAACUGAUAUGGUGGGUGAAAAGCCCGGGACCUUGGUUGAC